CUUAUAUCAUGCCAUUACAUUAAUAAGACACACAUUUUGAACUAUAUUCAGUUAAUUAUAAAGAAGGUUUAACUUUAAAAAACAAAAUGAGAAUAAUUAACAUGUACUUUAAAAUUUGGAUUUUACAAAUUGGUGUGUCUCAUGCAGGUGAAUGGUGCCUCUACGACGGUGAAUACGACUACUGUAGUAACGGUUGCUGUCAUGAAGGUUGUUGUAACGUGCCCUGGUUGGUUUGGGCGAUAGUCGGUGGUGUCAUUGGGGGCAUACUCUUCAUCAGUUUUAUUGUAUGUCUGAUAUGCUUAUGUAUGAAGAAAGCAACUAAACAGGGCCGAGUGAUACAGCCGGAUGGGUCUGCGCUUCAGCCGCCUCCAUACCCUGCAGCAAUCACCACCCUGCCAUACCCACAAAAUCUAGGGGUAUAUCCUCAACAACCAACAUAUAAUCAGCAGCCCACAGCACCGCCGGCGGAAUAUCCACCGCCUUAUCGUAAUCUGUAUGAGGGAGAACAGCCACCACCGUUACCGGCGGGCAUGAGUAGUCAGGGGCAACACUGAAGUAACUUCUGUGUAAGAUGCCUGAACGUUAUUGCUGGCUGUUCAAAAGUGCCUGGCUUGCCCACAAUGCCAGACAUAGACAAUGCUCACAGAUUUAAAAUUCAAAUAUGUCAUUGACCAUUUUCAUCUUGUUGUCUUUUUGUAUAAAUCAGUUGAAAACAUAAAUGGAUUAUAAAUAGCCGAAAUCUGAAUCGCAUUGGAUUAACGAAGACAACAUGCGACAGUUCUGACUAAAAUCACGGUGCAUUAGAAUGGUUUAACGUCGAGUAAAGUAUUGAUAUGAUGAUGGUUUCGAACAACUGGGUUCAGUUUGACAUCCUGUAAACGCUGUUUAUAAGGAAUAAAAGGCGGCCAUGAACUGGGUCUAAACUUCAAAUUUAGCUCAGUUGUCGUUGUCUUUUUUGAUUAACGGCAAUUGUAAUUAGUUACAGAUAAACAAUGCAAUGUGCAUUUAUGCAUUCCAUGAGCAUGAAACUGGAUUCGAUAUUGUUUUAUUAAUUUUUUUCUUUUACAUGUAGUUUCAGCUACAGAGAAAUAUGAGAAAAAAGAUCACAUGAUAUGUUGAAGGGGAUAUCUAAGUACCUGUCAAUCUUACGAUAUCAUAAAAGGAAGGGGAUGGGGGCGUGGAAGAGAGAGAGAAAUCUAUUUCAGUGUCCAGUGAGUGUCCACCGUGUUUAAGAUCUAGAUAGGAACUGAUUAAGUUUUAGCUUUGGCACUCAGUUAACUCCUUGGGCGGAAUACCAACUAAAAGUCUGCAGGAGAACGUCUUAUUUUUCUUAGAGAGGAACUGUUAAAGUCUUUGUGGCCAUUUAUUUUAUCUAAAUUUUAUUUCAAAAAGAAGAAUUUAUCUACAACGAAUAUUGUGAUGAAAAGAAAGAAAUACACUUGUAGACUUUAGAAAAGGUGUUCUAGUAAAUUAGUUAAUCCUUUAUCAGUGUUACAGAGGAAGCCUUCUACCUUAGUGUCCGCAGUUGCGUAAUGUAUUUGAAAACUAUGUACACACUACUAGUUAAUGAUUGAAUAAAUAAAAAAAAAUCAAAACGUGAGUGAAUAAAUAAAAAUUUUACGUGAUUAAAUAUUAUUUAUAAGAUUUUUAUAACGUAGCAAAACAUUUAAUUUUCGUUUGCUUUUCCACAUUGUAGUUUAAAACUGCUGUUCUUGUCACUUUUCGGGUGUUUUCAACAAAGGAGAAAACGUGCGUUAACAGAAUGAUUAUCGCGCUUACGUGCUUUUAUAACACCAUUUUAUAUAUGCGCGUUCCGUGGCAAAGCGUAAUUGCGUAUUACGGCCUCAAAACGGAUAAUUCAAAUGGAAAUGGCGUCAACGUGAGAGAACAACUCAGAUAUUCCCGCGCAUUUCAUGGAAAUCUAAUGGCGUUGAGGGAAAAUGUAUUCGUUAAUUUUUAUGC